AUGAUCAAAGACAAGCAACACCGGCCAGGACAAAGCUUAAACCUUGAGAUAAACCGGAUGCCGGCCUUGCAGAGUGUCCAGCCGGGUGACAAAGUGUACGUCAGAUCCCGACCACGGAAAGUCGGCAAGUCCGUGGCAUUCUGUGAUCUGGAGUUGUACCGGAUCCCUACUCCAUCGUCUGGCACCGUGGACGAUAGCCAUGUAGACUCCGAACGGGAAGUACUGGCCACUGGCCGACACACUAAAUAUCUCGACAUGGGUAAGGCGUGGGACGUGGCUACGCACCCUCUGUUGAUAAGCACCGCGCGAAAGUAUUCACAGCGCUACUUCGAAAACAACCAGCAUACACCGGACGACAAAAAUCCGUCAUGCUCUGUAAAGGGUGGCGGAGUUGAUGUGAUCGGAAGCACGUGGAAGGGAUUAGGUUUACAAACAGGAUCGCAGGUCAAUCCGAUUGAAGACUUCCUAAUGAGCUACCCUCCGGGCACACGGAAAUACAAUGCAACCCUCGAAGUCAGCGCCGCCACCCAGAACCCAAUGGGCAACCUGCACGGAGGAGCGGCUGCAUGCGCUGCGGAGAUGGCCGUCGCAUUGGCGCAGGAUGCGUGGGAGCAGGACAGCACCACGUCUGCACCUUACACUCGCGAGGAUUUGGUAAGCAUGUCGGCGGAUUUCAUGCGACCGAGCAAAGGAAAGGUGUUAGUGCUAGUCACAAGACUAUUCGAAUCACCAGCCAUUGAAGUGUCCUUCAUCUCCUACAAAUCGAAGGAUAUGGAACCUUCCUGCAAGGUCGUUUGUGUGAUGGGGCAGCAAGGACGGAAGGAUUAG